CAAAAAACCUAACCCGCUUACCCCGUGGCACGUCCCUGGAAUAACAAAUCAACUGUCAUAUGUCAAAAAGAUACAUCAUUAAGAUAUCCAGAAAUGGUGUGAAUGACAUUGCAAACAGCAAAGGCAUUUCUUAGAUAUUAAUAAAAAAUCGAUUUUUUAAGAAAAUUUGAACACCCUGUAUCUCGGCAACGAAGCACUUUCGGACAUAUGUUUAUAGGAACUUUUCGUCAUAAUUUAACCCAAAAAAACCGGCAUUUCAUUUUCGUGCAAUAUUAAUGAAUCACCCUGUAUAUAUAUAUAUAUGGUAUAUAUAUAUAUAUAUAUAUUAGAGAAACUUUUUAAAUUUGCGUUUUAUUUGAAUACUUCAAAACUAAUGCAGUUCUACACAUAAUGAAAAUCAACAAUAAUUGUUAAGACUUAAUUUGUAUAAAGUAAAAUAAAUUGUAGAAGAAAAUCCUAAGAUUUAAUUUAAUUAAACAAAAUAUUUAUGAGACAAAAGUAGAGAAACUAAAUUUUAUUCCAAAAGUACAAGUUAUUUCUUAUUUCUAUCUUAGAAAAAUUAAUAGUAAGUAGAGUAUCCCUUAUUGGCAAUCACCUCGCGGCAUCGAUUUGGCAUGGAUUCCAACAGUUUCAUAAUGGUUUCCUCUACAAUAGAAUUCCAGGAAUCUUGUCAAACUUUUAUAAGAUCAUUUUUAUUACUGAUCUGAUGUUGCCUUACACGCCGGUCUAGUUCCUCCCAGAGGUUUUCAAUCGGGUUAAGAUCGGGACUUUGCGCAGGAAAGUCCAUAACCCUAAUAUUUUCCGAUAAAAACCAAUCUUUGACAACCUUUGAUUUAUGUUUGGGGUCGUUAUCUUGUAGGAAUAUCCAAGUCAAAGGUAAAUUAUCCUCAGCAAAGGGUAGCAUUACAUUUUGUAGGAUGUCUAAAUACACAAAUCAAGAUGUGUAAUGGUCCUGUACCGAACCCAGAGAAGCAACCCCAUACCAUGCAGGAGCCACCACCAUGCUUUACCGUAGGCUGUGUAUAUCUUGGAUCGAAUCUUUUGCCUUGUGGUCGAUGUACCCAUGAGAUUCCAUCGGACCCAAACAAAUUGAACUUACUUUCAUCAGUAAAAAGAACUUUUUUCCAGUCGUUGGUUGUCCAAUGCAAAUAUUUUUGUGCAAAGUUGAGUCGGGCCUUCUGAUUCUUCUUGCUAAUAAACGGCUUUUUAGCGGCUCUUCUACUAAAUAAUCCUCCUUCCGUCAGUCGUCUUUGUAUGGUCUUAGAACUAACAUUAACACCAGGUAAUUCACUUAAAAUUUCAUUUGCUGAUUUGUGAGGAUCAGACUGGGCAAUUCUUUUUAUCAUCAUUUCCAUGUGUUUGGUUGUUUUUCUUGGGCGGCCACUUUUUUUAAUGCUUUUUGUUGAAUUUCGUGUUUUAAAAUUAGAAAUUGUCUUGCUAACAACGGACUUAUGCAAAUUAAGCGUUUUACUAAUGUCCACUUGUCGUAUACCACUCUUGUGUGCAUCAACUAUUUUUCUACGAAGGUCUUCAGACAAAUAUCUUCCGCGAGGCAUGUUGAUUAAAAAAACUAUGCAAAACUAUCAACAGAACUCACGUAAAGCGAACUAAAUACUAAAUUUGGACGAUUGAUAUUUAGGUUUCUCUACUUAUGUCCAUCCGAAAAUAUUUGAAUUCUUUUAUUGUAAAUAAACAACUGAUAAGAGGCAUGUAAAAUGCGGUAAAAAAACGCAGUUGUUGAGAACUACAAUAUUUGUAGUAAAUAUUUAAUUUAAAUACAUGGUUUCCGUAAAUCAAAGAAUUUUUAGAAGUUUCUCUACUUUUGUCCGAUAGUGUAUAUAUAUAUACCAUAUGUAUCUUUUUGACAUAUGACAGUUGAUUUGUUAUUCCAGGGACGUGCCCACGGGGUAAGCGGGUUAGGUUUUUUGUACAAAAAAUAGCACCUAGUAGAUUUUUUGAACCUCCUGUACAUUUUUUGGAUGACGCAACUAAAGAUGGAAUUGUUUCAACUCUUGGGUGUUUUUCGUAUCUCCCUCCGUUUUCGAUAAAAAAAUUAGUUUAAUGCAAACGUUUGAAAAAAACUUGAAUAAACAUAAUAAAAUGCCUACUUAUCGAUUUACAGGGUGAAGAAUAGUAAAUACGGUAAUUUGGAAUUUUGACAUGACAUUAACUGUACUACCAUAAAAGGAGUUUUGAACUUUUACGAUGUAUAAAUAUUACAGUUUAAAGCAUUGUCAUGAACGUUCAAGCCUUUAUUUGAACCCUUAAAUUGAUUUGGUUCAUAUUUUUAAGAAAAUCGGAACCCUUUCCCAAGCAUUAUUUCGGCCAGGUUUAUGCGUUUUCCUUAUUUACUCGUUGCCAUGGAGACCGAUUUACCCUUCUGUUAAAUGAAUUGCGGCCUGUUUUUCGAAGAAAAAACGACUUUUUAAUUUUUUUGUUUUUAUUUUAAAGUACUUGUACUAUUCCUAGACUUUUCAAUGAUUAGUAUGAUAUACCCAGAUAAAUAAAGAAUGGUAUAGAUGAGAUUGGAUCAACUUUCAAACAAAUAAAACACUUUCAAACUUUUUAUCUUUACUCUUUCUUUCUUAAAAAAUAUGUUUAUAAAGCUCAAUUAAAAAGCUCACUGUCAUGAAUUACCUACAUCUUAAAAUUAACUAUAAAACUAAUAAAAAGUCGGAAAGACUAAGGCUCAUAAAUACUAACUAUAAACUUGCCAAUUGAAUAAAAUCUUGAGUGUAACCCAUGAUACUAUUACUCAUCAUGAGUGUAACCUAAUAACAGUAAUAACUACACUAUACAAAUGGCCUGAAGUAAAAUGUCCCUGACGCCUGGGAUACCGCCUAAAUUCGAGGAAAUGCUCACAUACCUACACACAAUUAUUAUUACAAACGAUAGAAGUAAAGAAGUGAUUAUAAUGGUCGCGUGCUUCGCUCUCCUUCUUGGCGGUAGCCAGCCGUUUCAGCCAUUUUGAAAUAAACAGGCAGUGUUCAUUUCAAAAUGGCUGGUGAUCGGUUUUAAGGUUAAGCAGUAGAUUAAAAUUAAUAAAAAAACAGUAGGUUUUAAAAAUUGUUUUAUUCUAUUAAAAUAAUAACUCAUUAAUUUUCUCAAUAAAUUAAUGAGUACCUACCUAGUGCAAAUAUUAAAAAAAUACUCAUUUAUUUUCUCACAAAAUUAAUGAGUAGGUGCAAAUAUUUUAUACAAAUAAAACAUGAAAUGACUUGGGUAAUAAUACAUACAUAGGUAAGUACCUAAUGGUCACCUCUAAAAAAAAAUAUUAAAUUAAAAAAAAAAAUCCGAGUCUGAUAAUUCGGAUGACUUUUGGUACAUUUUUUGACAAUGCACAGUCAAUAUACUAACUUAUUAAGUAUAAUAAACAAUAAUUUAACGACAAUACUACCUACUUUACUGUAUAUAAUAAUAAUAAUAUAAUUAGGCAUCUGUCUCGAUAAAAAACGUAAAUUUUGCUAGGUACCUCUAACGCAAUUCACGGGUUCAACAUCUGAAUUCCAGAUAAAUAAGCAACAAAGAAAUAGAAAAUGGUAUACGGUAAACCCCAAAAUAAGCCACGAGGGAAUCUGUUAGAAGUAUUGUUGCGCCAUCUGUUAGAAGUAUUGAAUACAAAUUACAGAGUAUGUUUAUCUUGUAGAUCUACUGCAAAAACAGUAGACCUGGCAACACUGUUUCCAUAUACAAUGGUACCCGCCUCCUAGCGUAGCCGAUCGAUAGUACUAGCCGUGACACUGGUUUCGUGGCGUCAAAAUUGAAGCCGAGAUUUGGUGGCGCACGCCGUACAGUGGGACGACUAAGGGUAGAAACAUAGUGGAGCGGCGAGUCAAGAGUCAAGCGGCGCGUUUUUAAUUCAAGAUGCAAGCGUCGCUUUCACAUGUACAUAGUAGAGCGGCGAGAACUGCUGCGAAGAGGGCUUCAUGUCAUGAAUUCAGUCAGCAAAAUGCUGUCUGACAGUGAAGAUUACUUGUUGGAAAAUAGUGCUCUUAAAGUGUUAUGUCUUAAAGGUGUUAGAAGUUAUACUGUUCAUCCAUUGAACCAAGAACGUCAUACAUUAGGCGAAUACCAUAACCUAUUUCCACAACUAAAGGAGUACCCUGGUCGGUUUUUUCAAUACACCAGGAUGGAGCACAGUACCUUUGUGUAUAUUUUAGAUCUCAUACAACCUGAAAUCGUAACAAAAUUCACCAAUUUCGUCAAGCAGCCUAUUGAACCUGAGGAGAAGCUGGUUAUAACAUUGAGAUACUUGGCAACUGGUUCUUCAUUCAAAAGUUUAUCAUUCUCAUUUCGUGUUGGAGCUUCUACAGUUAGCAGGAUAGUGAAAGAAACCGUUAAUGUUCUAUGGAAUGUUUUGCAACCCCUACAUAUGCAACAUCCUUCAAAAGAAAUCUUUGCUCAGACAAGCAAGGAAUUCAGUCACUUGUGGAAUUUUCCAAAUUGCAUGGGAUGCAUCGAUGGAAACCAUGUAAGAAUUUCGUGCCCACCACAUUCAGGCACGAUGUUUUCCAAUUACAAAAAGUUCUACUCCAUUGUUUUGCUAGGAGUUUGUGAUGCAAAAUAUAGAUUUCAUGUAAUAGAUGUUGGUGGGUUUGGCAAGCAAAGUGAUGGAGCCACUUUUGCUUCCUGUGACUUUUAUCACAUGAUAAAAAACAAUCAAGUUGAUAUUCCGGAUGAUGCUUGUUUGCCUGGAACUAAUUUUACGACGCCAUUGGUAUUUCUCGCAGAUGAAGCCUUUCCCUUAUCUGUGAGUGUUCUGACACCUCACAACGUAGAGAAUCUCAAUGAUGAAAAAAUGGUCUUCAAUAAAAGGCACGCUCGAAAAAGUAUAGAGUGUACGUUUGGAAUCAUGUUCUCUAAAUGAGACUUUUGUCUAAAAGUAUUGAAACUGAUCAUCAAACUGUAGACAUAAUAGUAAAAUGUAUGUGUGUUCUUCAAAACACUAUCAUAGAUAAGGAGGGAUUUGAGAGGCAUUCAACAGAGGUUCAAACAGUUGAACCCAAGAACAUUGAAGUACCAAUAGGACGACGUCGAAGAGAACGCCAAUCAAGUGAUGCUCUUUUGGUGCGGGACACAUUCACACGAUAUUUUAAUGAGAAUAUGAUUCAUUUCUCAAGAGACUAAAGAAACAUUCGUUAAAAAAACGGUUCGUUGUGUAAACAAUCAGAAAAACGUUUUUGGAAAACCUAUAAAACAAAUCUAAACAUUUUUUCUUUUGUAAAGUUACCUUUAGGUCAACAAUUUAUUUUAUUUUUUGUAUAUAAAUAAUAAAUAUUUAGAAGUAUUA